AUGAAUGGAAGACCACUGAGGUACAUCCUUGAUUUGACAUUUGACAAAGAGUUUAAAUCAUUCUCUGGAUCAGUACAGAUCAUUGUUGAAGGAUUUAAAGAAAAAGAAAUCGUAAAUUUUGAUGCAAAACCAAAUCUUGAUAUACAAAACGUUUACAUUAAUGACGAAAAGGUAGUUUUUGAGCGUUCAGAAUCUAUAAUUACUACAUGUUGUUCAAUAAUUCCUCAAAAAUUUUGUUUUAAUUUUUCUGGAACGUUCAAUUCAGGAGAUCAUGGAAUAAUAGUUAAAGACAAUUGUGUUAUUACUCAAUGUGAAGCUGAUUUUGCUUCUUGCAUCUUUCCAUGCUUUGACAAUCCUGAAAAUCGAGUAAAAAUUUCACUGACCAUUCAUCAUGACAAAGAACAUGUAGCAUUAUCUAAUUGUUUACCGGAAUACAUUACAGAAAAAGAUGGAAUUACUACUACAAUCUUCAAAGAAACUCUUCCAAUUCCUCUAUAUCUAUUUGCCUUUUGUAUUGGCAAAUUUGAUUGCGUUGAAACAGUUACAAAGCGUGGUUUACCCAUCAAAAUCUAUUCAAUACCAGAAAUGACUGAAUAUGCAAAUUCCAUUACAGAAAAUAUCCCAAUAAUCAUUGAUUAUCUCGAGAAUUACACUGAAACACCUCUACCACUUGAAGUUCUACAGUUUUUGAUCUGUAGAGAGCAAACAGGAAUGGAAAAUUUCGGAUUAAUUAUUUACGGGCCAAAUUCAUCAUUAACUAACAUGAAGAAGGCACGCGAAGCAACAAUAAACGAUGCUUUUUCUGUUUUUGUCCACGAAAUCGUUCAUCACUGGAUAUCUUGCAUUGUUUCAAUUUCUGAUUGGGAAUCUGUAUGGAUCAAAGAAGGAUUUACGACAUUUAUGACCCGUUAUGUGCUUUCCAAGACAUUUCCUUCAUUAGAUAAAGCAAAUAAUUAUAUAAUAAGAGAAUUUCUUCCAACUUUGAAGAUGAACGUCAAGAGACCAAUUCUCUAUUGUAACAUGACUGUCCAGGAUUACUUCAACACUGAUACAUCAUAUACAAAAGCUUCUUGUUUGUUCCACACUUUGUUUCAAUGGUUUGGAGAAGAAAAUUUUAGGAAAAACAUUUGUGAACUGAUCAAAAAUUUAUAUUUGGCCGAUGUAAAUUUAGAAAAAUUUGCAAAAUUUAUGAAAUUAGAUGAAAAUUUCAUCCAAAAAUGGUUGAAAUACAGUGGAAUACCAACAUUAGUAUAUGAUGGAUCUAAUAUAACAAAUAACAGUGAUCUAGAAAUCCCAAUUCAUGUUACAAUUUUCAAUGAAAAUAAUUUUGAUGUCAAAAAGCUUUUUAUCAAAGAAAAAGACACAGAACUUAUAUAUAAUGCAGCUGUUAUUAAUAAUAACGUAGAAUCUCUCACUUUUGUUAGAUAUUCGAGAGAAUAUUUGAUGAAAUUAGAAAAACUUUUUGAUGAGCUUGUAAUUAAUGAGAACCAUGUUGCCCUUUUGAUAUAUUCAUACACUAGCGCUUACGAAAGCCAUGAAAUCGAUGCAAAGGAAAUUAUUGAAUUAUUAUAUUUGACAAGGCGUUAUGAAUCGAAACAAGUUGUUCAACCAGCGAUACAAAUCCUGUUUAAAGUCUGUGAAGACGUCAAAUCCGAAUUUGAUCCGAAUUAUCUUUUCAAUUAUUUUGAUGUUCGAGGAAAAGAGAUCGGAUGCAAUGCAGGACCCGAUAAGAUCAUGUUAAUAAUUAAUAGACUCCUUCCUUACAUCGAAAUUGACAAAAUUACCCAAUCAAUGCAAGGAAAAUUUGGAAAGAACGCUAUUAAAGCGAUAAGGACAAAAAUUUUUAACCAUGGAAAGAAAUAA